AAUCAUCCAAGCAGAUGCAGUUCCAGUUCCCAAGAAUUUGCAUGCACGUUUCACCACUUGUCCUCAACUGGCUUGCUCAAGUGACUGGUGAGUGUUCAACUAAACGUGGUUAGCCGAAGCAGGAGUUCUAUAAGUUUCGUUGUGUUUUUUAGAAGCCGUUCGGAAGUGCUUCCUGUCAGAGGAAGAGAUAGUGAGAAUAAUGAGUGCCGAAGACCAUUGGGAGGAAGGGGAUGUAGAGACGACUCGCGCUGAAGCAUCUUUGCUAAACAAAGUUUUGCGGGAGAAACUCGUGGACUCAUCUCUACAAGUGGAUGUCACGAAUAAUGAUCCCAAAUCCCCGCUCUACUCAAUUAAAACCUUUGAAGAACUACAUCUACGCAAGGAACUCCUUGAUGGUGUCUAUGCAAUGGGAUUUAACAGGCCGUCCAAAAUUCAGGAGACAGCACUUCCCAUGUUGUUAGCAGAUCCACCACACAACAUGAUUGCUCAAUCACAAUCUGGUACGGGGAAAACAGCUGCAUUUGUGCUGACAAUGCUAACACGUGUUGAUAGCAGCCUCAGUUCUCCCCAAGCAUUGGUCCUCGCUCCAACCCUGGAGCUGGCCACCCAGAUUGGUGACGUUUGCACACAGAUGGCAAAAUACAUUCCGGGCAUCCAGGUUGCCUAUGCCGUGCGCCGAGGAGCCAGACCGGUCAAGGAUGAAGUGGACGAACAAAUCGUGAUUGGCACGCCGGGUACCGUGUUGGACUGGGUGAAGCGUGGCAAGCUGGACCCCAAACAACUGCGCAUGUUUGUGUUGGACGAGGCCGACGUCAUGAUCAGCAUGCAAGGUCACCAAGACCAGUCUAUCCGUGUCCAGAAAAUGCUUGCAGCAACGUGCCAAGUGCUUUUGUUUUCGGCCACGUAUGACGAAGACGUCACGUCGUUUGCCGGUAGGAUUGUCAGUGACCCUAUCAUGAUAAAAUUGGCACGAGAGGAAGAAAGCCUGGACACUAUUCGCCAGACGUACGUGUCUGUACGCAAUGAAGAGGAUAAGUAUGAUGCCUUAUCAGGCGUCUAUGGUAUUAUCAGCAUCGGACAGACCAUCGUUUUCUGCAAGUCUCGUGUGGCAUCAGCUAAUCUGGCUAAGCGUAUGUCAGAUGAAGGCCACGCCGUGGCCGUCCUUACCGGCGACAUGGACGUAACACAGCGGGUGCACGUACUGGAGCGUUUCCGACACGGCAAGGAACGCUUGCUAAUCACCACCAACGUAUGUGCACGCGGUAUCGAUAUCGACCAGGUCUCGGUGGUUGUCAAUUUCGACAUCCCGUACGACGUCAUCAACAGGAGGCCCGACUAUGACACCUACCUGCAUCGCAUUGGCAGAACGGGCCGAUUUGGCAAGACCGGACUGGCAGUAAACUUUGUCGACGGAGCACGCUCGUUAGAUAACCUCAAGGCUAUUGAGGCGCAUUUUGGCAAGACGAUUGACCUUCUCAUUCCCAGUGAAGUUGCAGAGAAAGAGGACUCAUCUGACUGGUAGAGCUAGAGGGUAGUUAGCAUAGUCUGAUCUGCUGAAUGAACACAGUCACAAAACACAUAUCCAGGUAUGAUUACCCUGUGUUGAACCAACCUUUUUUGUUCUUGCUUUUCUUUCUGCUUUUCAAGCGACUGGUUGCCAUCUGCUUUUUUUUAUGUCUAAACCAGGUUCCAGAGCUUAGUGAAGGAAAAGGCUAAGGCCAGGGAUUCGGAGCUGUUUUAGUCUGGUUUUUUACCGGUUUUGUGUGCGCAUUUUUGUACCUUUUAGUGCUUGGUGAAGUUUUCUUCAGUUUUCCGUGUGCUUCAUACCAUGUUUGUCUAUCCUUCUGGUAGUGCCGAAAUGGUCAUGUUUGGACGUGCAUCAACUCUGCUCGCGCAUUUACUUUAUCUAGGCCUAAGUUCUGUGGCCACGUGUGGAUCUAAUGCGAGAGCCGUGUCUUGUUAUGGUUCCUUUCCCUUGAGUUACAGUGAAGAUCCACUAUUCUUUUCCUCUGGACUCGUUUCUAUUUUAUCAGUUUUCACAUGAAACCCAUGCUCUUUUCAGAAGCUGUAGGACCGACUGGAGUACAUGUACUGAAACCUGUAAUGAUAAGGUCGCCAUUGUGUGUUCUCGGUUUCACGAAGGGUAUCGUAAACUACCGGUAUUUGUAUUUUAUGACUCCCUGGUUGCAUGCCA